AUGGAAAUGGUUAAAUCAUUUCUUCAGUCAACAGCUGUGAGAGGAUUGUAUGUUCUUAUUUGUGUAGUUAUCGCAGUAUUAAUUAGACUUUAUUCUGUAUUAAGAUAUGAAAGUGUUAUUCAUGAAUUUGAUCCAUAUUUCAAUUAUCGAGCCAGUAAAUAUUUAUUAGCAAAUGGAUUAGAUGCAUUUAAUAAUUGGUUUGAUGAAACUGCUUGGUAUCCUUUAGGACGUAUUGUAGGUGUUACUGUUUAUCCUGGAUUAAUGUAUACCUCAGUAUUUUUCUUUAGGGUACUUGAAUUUUUACACUUAUCAGUUGAUAUAAAAGAGAUUUGUGUAUUUAUGGGACCAUUUUUUUCUGGACUUACUGUCCUUGUAGGUUAUAGAAUGACUACUGAAAUUGCUUCACAAAAAGCUGCAUUAAUUGCUGCAUUAUUAAUUGCUAUUAUUCCCGGUUAUAUCAGUCGUUCAGUUGCAGGAAGUUAUGAUAAUGAAUGCAUUUCUAUUUUUGCUUUAUUAUUAACAUUUUAUCUUUGGAUUCGAGCAGUUAAAAGUGGAAGUCCAAUUAAAGCAGCUUUAUGUGCACUUGCAUAUUAUUAUAUGGCACUUUCAUGGGGUGCUUAUGUGUUUAUAAUUAACUUAAUUCCAUUACAUGCAUUCUUAUUAUUAGUCUUUGGAAGAUUUAGUAAUAGAUUAUAUACUGCAUAUACAACAUUUUAUGUUAUUGGUAUUUUAUUAUCAAUGCAAGUUUCUUUUAUUGGACUCCAACCUAUUCGUUCAUCUGAACAUAUGGCAUCAAUGUUUGUAUUUAUAUUUAUUCAAAUAUAUGUUUUCUUUAGCUGGAUUAAAUCAAAAUUAUCUGAACAACAAUUUAAAAAAUUUUAUAUUAAAUGUAUUAUGACAAGUAUUAUAACUGGUAUUCUUAUUAUUACAGUGUUAACUCUUACUGGUAAGAUUUCUCCUUGGACUGGUAGAUUUUAUGCUCUUCUUGAUCCUACUUAUGCUAAAGAACAUAUUCCAAUUAUUGCAUCUGUUUCAGAACAUCAACCAACGUCAUGGGGAACAUUUUUCUUUGAUCUUCAUAUAGUUUGCUUCUUUAUUCCAUUAGGAAUUUACUUUAUGUUAAAGAAUAUAACAGAUGAAAAUAUUUUCACUAUUUUAUUUGUAAUGACAACAGUUUAUUUCUCUGGAGUUAUGUCUCGUUUAAUUUUGAUAUUAUCUACUGGUGCUUGUAUUGUUGCAUCUAUUGGUAUUAGUGAAAUGUAUAGUUCUGUUGUUAAAGUGAUUUUUAAAGAAGAAAGUCAAGAACAAACUAAAAAAGUAUCAAGUAAAAAGAAACAAACAAGUAGUUCUAAUUAUUCUUUAAUGCAAAAUGUAGGAAUUUUCAUUUUUAUGGUUUUAUCAUUAUGUCUAUUAUCAUAUGUUAAUCAUUGUUUAUUUGUUGGAAGAGAAAGUUAUUCUAGUCCAUCAAUUGUAAUGAAAGUGCCUACAGGAGAUAAUUCCUUUAUAGUUUUUGAUGAUCUGAGAGAUUCUUAUAGAUGGUUAAAUCAAAAUACUCCUAAAGACUCUAAAAUUAUGAGUUGGUGGGAUUAUGGAUAUCAACUUGCUGCUGUUGCCAAUAGAACUACUAUUGUAGAUAACAAUACAUGGAAUAAUUCACAUAUUGCACUUGUUGGAGGUGCAUUUGCAAAAUCAGAAAAAGAAAGUUAUAAAAUUUUGAAAGAACUUGAUGUUGAUUAUGUUCUUGUAAUAUUUGGUGGUGUUAUUGGAUUUAGUGGAGAUGAUAUUAAUAAAUUCCUUUGGAUGGUUAGAAUUGGUGGAACAAUUGAUCCAACUAUUAAAGAAAGUGAUUAUUAUUCUAAAACAAGUCAUGAAUUAGAAGUUGGGGCAAAUGUUACAUCAACGAUGAAAAACUCUUUAAUGUACAAAUUAUGUUAUUACCGAUUUGGUGAAUUAAUGACAGAAAGAAAUAAACCAACUGGAUUUGAUAGAGUAAGAAAUAAAGAAAUCGGUUAUAAAGACAUCGAAUUAGACCAUUUAGAAGAGGUAUUUACCUCAGUUCAUUGGAUGGUAAGAAUCUAUAAAGUAAAGAAAGAUAACAAUAGAAUUUAUGAUAUAGAUUCAUUACGCCAUUAA